AUAUCAAGUUUGAGUGGGCGGCCUACUCUCAACGCUGAAGACCGAUCGUGACUAUCAUGAGUCGUGAGUGAGGCAACGUUCGAUGUUCAUUGCGCGAUGACACGCACUCUCCCCAUGUACGAUUAGGCCGCAUGAAACGUAUGCGAAAAUGCGAAAAUGGGCGAUGUAGAACGGGCUGUGGUAUUUCAAUAAACACGAGCAGAGUAGCUCUAUGAGGAGGUAUGGAGCAAAGAGGCUGGAUGCGUGCGCACCCCGAGAUUCGAAGCGCGCGGCAGUCGACAUGCGGCGAGCGCGGAGUGUGACGGGGCCCUUGCGGAGGGCCCACCCUGCCUCAGGGGCCACCUGGAACGUCCAGGUGGUCCGAGGGAAAAUGAGCUCGCAGUGUCUUUGGCACGCGUGCCGCGCGCUGUCCGCGGGGCUGCUACUGAUGCUGCUGGGCGCUGCCAUGGCCGUCAUAGGGUACUACGCUGACACUUUGUCGGUAGACCAGGAGGUGCGCGGUAAUGCCACCGUCUCCGUCAAGGACGAGGCGAGAGGCUUCCACCUCAACAACCUGUCGUACGCCGGACCCAUCGUCAUGGGCUUCGGAGGCUUCAUAGUAGUGGCAGCAUGCGUGAUGACGUUUGAGGCGCGCGACAGCGCGGCGAAAGUGACGCCGGCUCGCCCGCAGGCACUGCCGCGGCCCGUGCCGCGCCGAGGCCCGUGCGCGCCCGCGCCCGCGCGCCUCGACCAGCUCGGCGUCUACCGCCUGCCGCACGUGCUGCCGCUGCCGCACUCGUUGCCGUUGCCGCUCGCGCCGGUCUUCAGGCAUCGCCCGCCGCAUUCCACUAGAACCGCUGAGAAAAAGGGCCGGGCUCGGUUUGGGUCGGCGCCGGACUUGCGCGGCGGCGGCGCACGCGCCGUGCCGAUCUCAGCCUUGCGCCGUCCGCUGCGCCGCUACGCGCUUUCCGUCGACGAGCCGCCACACUCCGCCGUCAGUGCGAGCGCAGCGGAGUCAGAGUGCGGGUCGCAGUCGUCGCUGGCGCUAGAUCUGCACGCAAGCGGCGCGUGCGCAGGCGUGACGCUGCGCGUGCGCGACAACACGCGCCGCCGCCCGCUCGCGCGCCAGCAGCGCUUGCGGGACGACGCCGGCCACACUCCGGGAGAAAGUGCUCUAAACGUCAACGUAGUAGAUGAUCCACUAACAAAAAUGAAUGAAUCGGAGGAAAUCAGCAAACCCGACGAUACGCGCCUGUCAGUGGAAGUGGAGACCCGGGCGAGUAGCGCGCCGCUGCAGACGCAGCCGUCGCCGCCGCCGUCACCGCGGCUCGUGGUGACGCCGUGCCCGCUGUCGCCCUCCGUCGAGGACACGCGCAUCACCAUCGAGCUCGAGGCCGAGCCCCCGCCCCCGCCCGACCAAUGAGAUCUAACACCGUCUCGGAGCUCCGAGACCGUCGACACUUCCGCGCCCAGUGAACCUUGUUGAUAUUUUUUUUUUAAUUAGGUAUAGGUACAAAUGGUACAAUGAUUUAAGUUUUAUUGUACUUACAUAAUUUACACGGUUUUCGAUAUGCCCCCAAGAAGUGAAGGCAGAUUUUCUAUUGUAUAGAGGUUUGUUUGUGACUGUUUACGACUGUUGAAUGUUGGCUGCAGCGGGAGGACCGCCGCGCUGGUGCGUCGCCGCUGCCUACCUACCUAGUGUGUGUUAGUUUUAGAAACCUACAGUAGAAACCCUUACUUCGGCUGUUUUACGACAUUAAACCUACUCAGUAAUAUAUUAAAAAUAGUAACACGACCCUGAUGUGAAAUAGUUUAACUUUGAUGUAAUGUAUAACUUACGCGAUUAUCAUCAUAUUCAUCAUACAUCUACUUCGUACGGUUCAUACCUGUAAACAAUUUUUUUAGACUUGAGUCAAGUUUCAUUUUCAAGAUUACAGUAACAACAAAUAGAGGACUUUAGUGUGGCUAUCUAUUUAAUAAAUAAAUUGUUUAAAUUUUUAACUAAGAUAAGUAUUAUAAAAGACUGAUAAGCGAAUUUCAUGAAUAUCAAAGCUAAUAACUAAAAAUCAUAAUAAAAAUGUUAAUAACAGCAUAAACAAAAUAAUAAUAUUAAACUAAACUAAUUCACAAUAAAACUGAAUUAUUGAAAAUAAUGAAAUAUUCGCGAGGUCAAGGUAUAAUAUUAUAGAUUUCUUUUUUAAGUUUUCAGGGUCCUACUGGGUCAACUGGGUGCUUUAAUUUUGCUGAAACAAACUUAUUAAAAUGUGAUAAUACGAUUGUUAAUCGUAGAUAGGAGUGGAUAGUGUAGUAACUUGAUUUUAAGUUUUAUAUAAAUAUUAAUUAUAAUAUUUACACGUGGAAUGUGGUCAAUUGAUCUUACACGAAGAGGCGUGUAUAUAACGAGAUCUUGUUUAUUGGCUGACACAGUACUAAUAUAAGAAUAAUGUUUUUAGCCUGGCUGUCAUCGUCAGCGAUAUCUUUCGUCGGGUCCAUCAUUUAUUCAGCACGAAAGCAACAUGACUGUAAUGUUAUUUACGUAUUUACUUAGUUAACCCGCUCUAAUCCUGUCAGGGGUUAUUAUUUUUGAGUCUAUUUGUAGAUUUUUAGUGUUCCGUGCAAAACUUUGUUUUGACAAACGGAACACUUAUGGGAUCACUUCGGUCUUGCAAAUCAGUUAAAUGCGUUUUUCUCAAAGACCGUUUGACGUAGAUACCUAAAAUUUGAAAUAGUUAUUUUUUAUCACGCGCAUGCAUGUGCAACAUACUUACUUUAGGUAUAUUUAGUAG